CCGGCACGGUAGUUGGCGAUAUGCACCUUUAAAGCUGGUUUAAAUCCGCUAACAAAUCCCACAGAAAAAGAAAAAGAAAAAGAAGGGGUGCAUUUUAAGAAAUUAAAGAUUAAACUGGACUAAUUUAAUCGUCGCCGAAAAUGAGUAAACUAGACGUUUUAAACGCAUACCUGAGGGAGCGUUUAAUGGUGGCUGUGCGCGAGAUAAUAACUGCUGUGGGAGAGACUGUGUUAGAAUUCAAGGAGGAAACCGCCCGGACAAGCAGAGAAAACGAGCAUCUGAGACAGAGGCUUCGGGAGGAUGGUGUCGGAGGCAGUGGACCGAUGUCUGGAGCAGCGCACCCUCCCUCUCCACACACUGAGCAGGAGUGGAGCUCCGGACUGAUGGAUGAGCUCGCGGGGAAUGAAGAGGGGCGGUCGGGCGGUGAGAAGCAGAGGUGCGAACACAAGAACGAAGAGCUUGGUGGGCAACCGUUUGAUCAGGCGACCUGCCGUAAGCCGGAGUGCGUUCAGCUGGGCGUCCACGCGUUAGCCUGCGGAGUGGCCGGAUCCCCGUUCAAACGUCACAGUGUCAAACAGGACCUUGAUCAGAACUCGGUCCAGCCCACAGCUCACCUUAAUUUACAAGCCGUCGGCAAGGCAGAAACGGACUUGCCACCCCCUCCUACGUCUGAUCGUGUUAAAGACGAGCCCGAGGCAAUGCAGUGUACAGCAGAACUGUCAGCUGAAUCAUUGGAAUCGCUAAACCCGACCGGAACCGGGAGCAGUCACGGAAUUUGUAUGGAGAGUCCAGUGUCAGCAACUGCGGUUGAGAAGUGUGAAGGAACGCCGAGAGUGUUGAAAGGGAAAAUGAAGCAUCUCUGCUCCCAGUGUGGGAAGGCCUUCAGUCAGGCGUCUGGCCUCAGAGUCCACCUGCAGUUUCAUUCGGGAAGGAAACCCCACAGUUGCACCCAUUGUGAGAAGACUUUUUUCUACCGUGGGCACUUGAAAGAGCACGAGCGCAUCCACACCGGAGAGAGACCGUACAAAUGCUCGUUUUGCGGAAAGUGCUUUAGGCUGUGUGGGCACUUAAAUCAGCACGAGCGGAUCCACACCGGAGAGCGACCGUUCUCUUGCACGCAGUGUGGGAAAAAUUUCAUACAGAGAGGAAACUUGAAUGUGCACCUUAGAAUUCACUCAGGAGAGGCUACGUAGGCUACAGGUGUAAAGUAUGUGGGAAUCUUUAUGCUAAAAUCUCGCAGCUUAAAAAUCACCUACACAAUCACAUAAAAUUGUGAAAACGUGGGUUUUCCUGGGGCUCUUUGUUAUGUGCCAUUUGAACUUCUAAAAUCUUAUUUAAACUUUAAUUUAUUUAUUUAUUUUUUACAUUUGGCAUCUGACGUUCCUGUAUUUGCAGCUGGCUCGGGAGGGUGAAGACUAGGAUAAUAAAGAAAUUUCGACGGAAUAAAAUGGGCUUAAUGUCAUAGAUUUUAUUUUAUUUUUUGGUUCUCAAUGUAUAUAUGUAUUUUAAAAAUAUAUUUUAGAAAAUAGGAUUUUGAUUGCACAGUCUUUAAAGAUUGUGCUGAUGCUGGCCAGUUAUAUUUAAAGGUAUGUUUCAAAAGCUGUUUUUUGUGCUUGACAGUGAUAUAACUGUGGAUACAGUGCACAGAAAAAUAUGUGUAUAAACACAUUUUGUUCAUUUUUUUCUUUCUAAUUUCUUAUAUUGUGCACGUUCCAGUUCUAGAUCGAAGCACACCUGUGUUUCGGUGGAGAUGGGUGAGGAGAAGUGUAGGUCCAGGUGCACAAUUCAUGAUUUGCAUGAUUUUGGUCCUGCUUGGUGUGGAUGUGCUGUAUAUUCUGUAUACCGGAUGCCGAUUGCAGACGGAAGUGUUUCGGAGCACGUGGCAAGAUGUACAACACAAAAUGAUUCUCCUGUUUUCAUAUGAGGGUGUGUGCAUAUGUAGAUUAUUUAAGACUGAAUUCAAGGGCUUUCUUACAUGUCUGUAGGUGCUGUUUUCUCCGGCAACUAUAUACCAGGGUGAAUGGCAUGACAAUGUCAUGUCUGGUCUGCACAUUCAUGUGAGUACACACCUGUUGGCACCUUCAUCUCCAAGCCUUUUCUGUCAUAGUAGAUCUGUUAAGGUCUGUAUUAGCCGUUCCGUUCUAAAAUGUCUUUGGGACAUUUCUGGGUGUGAUGCUCUUUUCUGUGUGGGAAGGGGUGGGUGUGGCUAAAGAGCCUGCGUGGGAUCAGGUCUCAGCAGAGCGUUCGUAGCUCGCUGGCUACUGUAAUGGUGGAGUUGAGUAAGCACAAGUACAAAAACAUAAAGUGACAAGCGGACAGGACUUGUUAUAAAAACCAAGUCAACCUUGAAAUUGCUUUUCCUCAACGGCGGCAGCUCAAGUUCACAAUGAGAAGCAAUAUGGAAUUGACCUGUUUUCUGUUGGACCUGGAAGUCAUGUUACCUCUAGCUAUCCAGCUAGCCACCUUAGUUAGCUAGAUGGCUGAAGUCGGGUACUCAGGGUGAGUGGGCGGUGUUGAAAACAGAGAUUUGAUUGUAAACACAGGAUCACUACAAAGAUAAAAAAAAAUCCUGCAUGGUAUUCCUUUAAGUCAGUGGUUCUCCUUACUCUGCCAAGAGUAUCCAUCUGCAGCCUGCAAGACUACGAACCGCUUUCACUACAAGACGCACCUUCUACAAGGCACUCAAUUUAUUGGUCAGUUUUAAUGCCAAUCAAAGCACUAUUUAGUGGGAGUUAUCUUGAAGGUGUUUCACAUUGUGCAGUUUUGUGUCCGCCCGAGGGCAUUCUUGAAAAUAUUACACUUAAUUACGUGACCAUUACUGGAUUGAUAGGCCUGUGUGAAAUAGGGGAGUUUCACAUCAGCUGCGUUCACAAUCACUGCAUGAAAGGAGAUUGACAAGCGUAAUGAGAAAUGCAUUAGGCUUUAACCGGUAGACUUUAUCCAAUGAUAGCAAAUUGAAUUGCUAAAACAUGAUUUAGGCUGAUGCCUGACAGAGUAAUAAAUAGGCUAAAUAAAUAUAGGGUCUUUAUGGCUGAGCUUUGGUAGCCUAGUUAGCAUGCCUACAGAAGGCUGAGGCUUAAAAGAGAUGAGCAUGAUUGAUCACUGUUAAUCUAGACAGGCUCAUGCCACUGAGGAGCACUUUGGGCUAUGUUUUCCCGCCAAAAGCUUGUUUCACCGCACAAAGAAAAUCUGUAGACUACAUAACUGAAAAUGGUUGAUUAUUUGGCCUAAAUAUCCGGAGAAAAACAAACUGGUUUUACUUAUAUUGUUGGCAGGCGUGUCAAUGUAUAAAUCUGUCAUUGUGAUAAUGUAGCCGGAUAAUUUAGCCCUUUUCUGUACCAACUGAAUGUGCAUAAUUUUUUGUUUGUUUUUUUGUCAGCCUACAUUUUAUGUAUGAAAUGUGGCUACUUGUGAUGGUUAAAUGCAUUUAUUUUCAUUCAUGUUCAUAUCCUGGUAUUUGUUUAUUUGGAGUCUGUCUCAGAUGUUUAUUCCCUUCUACAGAUUGUGUUAAAGUGGGUUACGUUUCUCAUCCAUAAGGAAGACACAGCCUUGUCAGUAGCCUAAUUGCACAUUAAAAUCACAGGUUUUUGCGAUAAUGCUCUUAGACUGUACAUGUGAUAAUAUUAUUGGCGAUGUAACAUUAAAACAUUUGGCUGAUA